ACUAGCUGGAAGCAGUAGGAGCAAGAUCCAAAGCCAGCAACCUUCAUUAUCUUCUCGCUAGGCAGCUGCUCCAUGAAUCCAGCCAUUGGGGCAGAUGCAUCACCUGAUGUAGCUCAUGACUGUUACCCACACCAGUGGAGUCCUCUCAGACUGGUUCUGAGCAGCCAUUUUACUUAUGAACACAAUCUCUUUUCUUUCCCCACUGCAGCCGCUCUUGCUUUCCCUCUGCUGGGAAGUUAAAACCAAGGUCCUUGUCAUAUCCAGGAAUAUCACUGAACUUUCUGUAUCAGGAUUUGAUCACUUGUUAGGAAAGCCCCUAUCCCCACUCAAGCCUACCUGUACCCCCUUCCAUCAGAACAAACCUGAGCCUCUCAAUUGGUUGGAUUCUAACCCCAUGCAUGAAAGGGGAAAGGAGAGGGGUGGGAUUUUGCCUACAUGCAGAGCCAACCUUAGGUCAGUUAAACUGGUGCCAAACCAGUUCUGGUUGCAUUUUCCCUAGAGUUUAGCAGAAGUAGAUUUGUUACUCAGUGGGGCAAAGCUUCUGCUGCAUAAUUCAGGGCCACAGAAGCACACAAAGCCUUACACUACAUCACAGUCCUGCCAUCCCUACAAGAGAUCAACUGAUCUGGACCUGAAUUAAGAGUAGUUAUACAGAGCACUAUCAGUUUACAUCAGUGGAACAAUUCUAGGUACAGGCCAAGCCUUGUUAGGCCCUUUUUAGGGUCACAGUUGCACCAGCCUCCCUCAGAUGCCAGUUCUUGCAAUUUUACAAGUUUCAUCUGGUGUUUCUAAAAGCCCCCAGCACCAGGAGGCAGCAGGUAAAAGCUUCUGCUUGCACCAAAUAGAAAGGUUUCUAGUCCUCUCCAUGGCAAAUUAUAAGCAGGAAGAUCUGAGCCCUUGCAAAAAGCAGAGCAAACAGACCUAGAAUUUUUUUUAAAACUUCCUAAUUUAAGAUAACUCUGUGGUGUCCGAGGGGUUCUGAACAGUUGAGGCUGGCAAGGAAGUAGAGCAUGCCUUAGAGAUGAAAGCUGGCAGAAGUACAUGUACACGUGUGCAUGUGCACACACACACUUUUUUCUGCCCUUUGGGCAAAAAUAUCAGCAGAUGCCUAUGGAAAAACUGCUAAAGGAUCAGUAGGUUUAUUGAAACCCCAGGGUUAAAGAGAGCAGUUAAGGAAGAUAAGGAUAAUGGACCAGCUUGGUGAUUACUUCAGGGAAACUGUGGGAAGUGUGACCUCUGGACCUUGCCAUGACGUGAAGGUACAGUCAGACUCUGGGAAGCUGGCAGAACCCACACAUUUAAAAAGCAGUCAGGUCAGGUUCAUCUGUAAAGCAGGGAGCAAACAGUAUCUAAUCACGCUGAAAUCAGCUACUCCAGCAAAAAAACGGGGGUGGGGGGAGGAAAGGUGGGAAUUCUGCUUCCUUCUGCCAACGUGUCUCUAAACAGCCUCUAAUCUUAGAAUUGCUUGCUAUUUCCCCUGCUAAAGGUGGCAAGAGACAGGAGUGGCCCCCUACCUUAUGUGUGCUUCACUUUGCAGCUGAAGCCCUGGAUAUAUGGAUAUAGGAACAGCCCUUCUAUGGAGGGUGCCUGAUACUUGCCAUUAUAAAUUGUGCUUAGGAGGUUUUCCCUUUGAGAAGCUGCAUUAGGUUGCUGCUUUGCCCCUGCUCACAGGGUGGCUGGCAGGUGUUUGAGAGGCUAGGGGAUGGAAAAAAAAGAAAACUCUUCAUUGGAGGCUUAGCCCCCUGUCACCAGGCCCCAGAGCCACAGGUGUUGUGCAGAGAUGAAGAUAUCUCUUCAUGAAGAUAUCUGCAGGGAUAUCUGUUUCAAUGCCAGGGGCUUCUGCCUCUCUUUAGACACCCACUGUGGUCAUUAGGAUACCUUCUGUUUUCAGCUUGGCUUUGGUGUGCCAUAAGCAAAUCACCCUGGGACCAAAACCAUGCCUUUUGUCCACUCUGCAAACAGAGAUUAGUAUCACACAGGCCAUUAGCAGGGAUGGGACCUAUACACCCAGAGCAAAGAUCUGUACCACUCGAACUGAUGCAUUAACCCAGCAGGAGAAGCCCUAUAUUGGGGUAGUGUCUAGUAGGGUCACUGCUGCAGUGUAUCAAACACCUCGCUGACCAGCAGGGGACACAUCAUGCCUCUGCCAACUUGUUCCAAGCUAGUUGCUGGAUAACAGCUGUUUUAUGGCAACAUUUAACUCACAGGUCAGCGAUGCAAUCCCCAUAACUCAAGGCACAGAGGACCCCAGGCUCAAGCUUACAAGGAACAGGUCCUCCUCUGUCUUUAUCGCAGCCACUCAUUGAGAACAGACACAGCCAGGCAGGGAGAGACAUGUUUGCACUGAGUCACCUAGCGGAGCAGGAUAUGCCACCCAAGAAAUACUCCACCCUCCCGCUGUCCCUGAUCAACAGCACAGAAGACACAAGUGGAAACAGCCAGCUGCACCUGCUGUAGUGCUGCACCUGAGGAGCUGGCCCCAGCUGAGUGCGAUCUGCCAGUUUGCAGCAUGUCCAUGCGUAAGAGCAGGGCAGUCGUGAUUGUGAACUAUGAGUUCUCCAGCAGUGGCUCUGAGGAGCCCCUCGCUCGCAGAAGUGGGGCUCAGAGGGAGGCAGAUAAGCUGUCCCAAGUAUUAUCCAGCCUCAGCUACACUGUGCAUCUGUACAAAAACCAGACUGCCAAGAAGAUAGAAGAGAUUUACCAACAAGAGAGCCAAGAAGAGCAUGGCGAUUACUUUGUGAGCAUCCUGUCCAGCCAUGGAGAGGAAGGGGUCAUCUAUGGCUCAGAAGGCAAACCAGUCAAACUGACCCGGAUUUUCCAGACCUUAUCCCCACAGAGAUCCUCAGCGCUGGCUGGAAAAUCCAAGAUCUUCUUUAUACAGGCCUGCCGUGGGGGAGCGCUUGACUCGGGAGUGUGGCUGGAAACAGACAGCGCCCAGCCCGAGGAAGACAGCUUCUCGCACUACCUGGCACUUCCCGACAACACUGCCGUGAUGUUCGCCUGCAGUCCUGGCUACGGUGCUUUCCUCAACCUAGCCGGGUCCAUGUUCCUGCAGACUCUGCUAGAGCUCCUGGAGGGUGAAGAGAGGCACCUCGAGCUAGCGCGCCUGCUGACCCGCAUUAACUGGAAGGUGGCGUUCUACUGUGAGGCCCGGGGGACUUACAAGGGCAGCAAGGAGAUGCCCUGCUUCGUCACCAACAUGGUGCAUGAGGUGUUCCCCUUCUCCCAGCAUGCUGCGGAGGCAGCAGGCAGCCUGUGACUGCUCUGGCCCAGCCGCCUCCUGCCUGAAACACAAGGUAAACUACAGGUUAAACAACACCCUAAGAGCAAGGACCCCAGCACCCCUGCAGUGGAAACCAGCCAGCUGUGCCAAAGCCAUUUGAAUAACUCUCACGUGGAAGAGAGAGAACGGGUCUGGAAAUGUGCUGAUACAUGCUCUGAUCUUUCCAGCUGGAGACUCCCAGAAAGCCUGCAAGGGACCACUGCUGGGCUGUUCUCUGGUUGUGGCAGAGCAGAACUGAUUAGAUUUUCUAUGCCUGCCUACAGCAUUAUUUCCCUCUGCUGCUGUACCUAACCUGCAGACAUCUCUAUGCUGUACAAUGAGAAGAUACCCAUGCUAACUCCAAUACCAGAAACUGCCCAGCUACCUUAGCACACACCUAAACCAAGCAUCCUAAUGUUGGGGGAACAGUAUCCACUCAUGCUGCCUCUCUGGCCCCUCUUGCCACGGCAGCUGACAAGAAUGUACCUCGUCAGUACCCUCCUCUUAUCUCCACGUUACGACUGGAAAACUGAAGCAAAGUGACCAGGAAAUUUGCCCAAGAUCUUGCAAGUAAUCUGCAGCAGAGGAAGGAAUUGAACAGAGAUCCCUAGAGCUGCAUCCUGAAGCACUGAGCAGGCCUUCCCCUCUCUGUAAGUUCAGCCUGUUGUCAGUUUGAUCGUAUUCAGCUUGCAAAGACUGUGGAAGGAUCUUGGUUUUGGACAGACACAUAAAAACCCCAUACCCUCCACUGCUAUGUGGCCAAUAGCAAUGGCUUUCCUUCAGAAAUUGCCUCGGGUUGGGGUAGGUCCAGCAUAAGGCAGCAUUUUAGCUGCACUCAGCUAAGAUGCGGCAAUAUUGCUGCUCCAACACAAAAGCUCAGACCUCUAAAAUCCGCUUACGUGACUGGAUUGGCUCACAAAUUGGCAGGCUGGUCCAGAGCCCCAGGGAGAUUGUAUGGAGUACGUUUGGUGCAGGCAUUCCCAGGAUGCAGCUAAGGUGCCUUGAUCUUACGUGGUGAAGGACACAGGACAGAUUUCCAGUAUGGCACAGCACAGCCCCUCCCUGAGCAUGCUCUGACCUUACUCUGAACCCAGAAUUGCAAUGGGAAGCCACUCCAGGGUGUCUCACUCACCUCCAGUCCCUCUGUCUGUGAGGUGCUUAACAGCCCCCAGUUUGAACAUGCACAUAUCAACAAGGCCAAGGGGCUCUGGGCCCUGCUAAGCUCCAGAAACCUUUGGUCCAUGAUAGGCUAUUUGUGUUUAGCAAAGGUUUCUAUGGUCACUAAGUCUGUGCCCUCCCUGACUCCACAGGGUUUCUCUGUGCAGUUCCAUUGAUGCCAUCAAGAGCUGGCAAAGUGCAUGGUGUGCACAGCUUGGCCAUCUUGGGGCACUGCCAUUGCAGCAGAUGCACUCAGCAGCUAUAGACACAACCAUCAAUGCUAAAGGCUUCUCUUACCUGGUGGCUUCCACAACCAAGUGCUCAGAGAAAGGAGAUGGUAGCUGGCACCCUUAAAACAAAGGCAGUACUUUGCUUUAAUGUUUUAUUUAAGCUUUAUUUUCACACACCAUCCCUGCACUCUCCCCCAGGCAGGGACAAUGUCAUCACCUUCCUUCCUAGGCUCCAUGCCCUCUACCGUGACAGGAAGCUUUAAUAAAGUUUGAACUUUGCUAUCUCCAG